GACUGACACUGGGCGAUUCACUGGACUUGGCUGCAACAGGCAAGGGGGGAAUAGGGAGCCCCUGGGGAAGUGGCAAAGUGGGAGGAAGAGUGGUGUUCGCUGCAACAGGCAAGACAAGAUCUAGAGAGCUGCUUCUGCUGCACAGCCUGCGGGCUUAUACACUGCUCUCUCCCUCUACACGCCGCGCCUGGUGUACACAACUGUCAGGUGGUUUGACCUGACCAGCGCAUUGUCUCCAGUCUAAUCCUGUGAAGUCUAAGCCUGAGAGUGAAAUGUGACGGCUGUGCUGCUGUACCGCAAUGUUCCGCCUGGGCUGCAGUUGGCUGUGUCCUGGAGAAGAAAACCGUGUUGGAACUCGCACUGUGUAUGUUGGACCUCGGCCAGCUUCAGAUAACGAUGCCUAUAUCCAACCGAAAUUCUGUGAUAAUAGGAUUGUCUCUUCAAAGUAUACCGUGUGGAACUUUAUCCCCAAAAACCUGUUUGAGCAGUUUAGAAGAAUUGCAAAUUUUUAUUUUCUCAUCAUAUUUCUUAUUCAGGCUAUUGUAGACACACCAACAAGUCCAGUAACCAGUGGCCUUCCUCUCUUUUUUGUUAUUACUGUCACAGCCAUUAAACAGGGCUAUGAAGACUGGUUGCGGCAUCGAGCAGACCAUGAAGUCAAUAAAAGCACUGUCUACAUUAUUGAGGGUUCCAAAUGUGUCAAAAAGGAGAGUGAAAAAAUUAAGGUUGGCGACAUAGUGGAAGUCAGAGACAAUGAGACCUUCCCAUGUGAUCUAGUCAUGUUGUCUACAAGCUGCCGGGAUGGGACCUGUACAGUUACAACAGCAAGCCUUGAUGGGGAGUCCAACUUUAAGACCUAUCAUGCUGUGCCAGAAACUGCUAUCAUGGGCUCUUAUGAAGAUCUAAAUGCUUUUUCAGCCACCAUUGAAUGUGAACAGCCUCAGCCUGACUUAUACAAGUUUCAUGGAAGAAUAGAUGUGAACACUAACCAGGAUGUCAAAGCAAGGUCUUUGGGUCCGGAAAAUUUGCUGCUUAAAGGAGCGACUUUAAAAAAUACAAAGAAGAUAUACGGUGUUGCUGUAUAUACUGGCAUGGAAACCAAAAUGGCACUCAACUACCAAGGAAAGUCCCAGAAACGUUCUGCUGUUGAGAAAUCCAUAAAUGCAUUUCUAAUAGUAUAUUUAUGCAUACUGGUCUCCAAAGCAACCAUCUGCACUUCUUUGAAGUACCUGUGGCAGAGCAAUCCAGCCAAUGAUGAGCCAUGGUACAAUGAUAAAACCCGCAAGGAGAAGGAGGCCUUCAAGAUUUUGAAAAUGUUCACAGACUUCCUCUCGUUCAUGGUGCUUUUCAACUUCAUCAUCCCAGUAUCCAUGUAUGUUACUGUGGAAAUGCAGAAAUUCCUAGGAUCCUUCUUCAUUGCUUGGGAUAUGGAAAUGUUUGACAAGGAAAUAAACGAAGGAGCUUUGGUUAACACAUCUGACCUUAAUGAAGAACUGGGGCAGGUCGAGUAUGUAUUUACAGAUAAGACUGGGACACUCACAGAAAAUAAAAUGGAGUUCAUUGAGUGUUGCAUUGAUGGCCACAAAUACGCAAAUACAGAUGUGAUGGAUGGGUUGCCUUUAACUGAUGGUUUAGUUUGUUUUGGUAAAGCUUCCCAGGACCGGGAAGAGUUAUUUUUAAGGGCUCUUUGCCUGUGCCACACAGUGCAGAUGAAGGAAGAGUGUCAUACUGAUGGGCCAAGUUUUUCAUCUACAGAUAAUUGUGCUUACAUCUCCUCUUCUCCUGACGAAAUUGCCCUGGUGACUGGAGCCAAGAGGUAUGGGUUUACAUACAUGGGAACUGAAAAUAAUUUCAUGAGUGUUAGGAACCAGAAAGAUGAAAUAGAAAGGUACCAGCUGCUACAUGUUUUACAUUUUGACCCAGUGAGACGGCGUAUGAGUGUUCUGGUUAAAGCCAAUACAGGUAAAAUUUUCCUCUUCUGUAAAGGAGCAGAUAGUUCUAUGUUUCCCAGGGUGGCACGUGAUCAAGUGGAAAGAAUUAAGGUUCAUGUUGAAAAAAAUGCACUGGAUGGAUAUAGAACACUUUGUGUGGCAUUUAAAGAGAUCAGCCAGGAGUUGUAUGACAAUAUUAACAAACAGCUGGAGGAGGCAAAAUUAGCAUUACAGGACAGAGAAGAACGGCUGGCCAAAGUGUUUGAUGACAUAGAAGUUGAUAUGCACCUUCUGGGAGCAACAGCUGUGGAAGACAGGCUGCAGGAGCAGGCAUCCGAGACUAUAGAGGCAUUACAUGCAGCUGGAAUGAAGGUUUGGGUACUGACAGGAGAUAAACUGGAGACUGCAAAAUCUACCUGCUAUGCCUGCCGGCUUUUCCAGAGUAACACUGAACUACUAGAACUUACCACCAAAGAUUUGGAAGAGUAUGAAAGGAAAGAGGACCGCCUGCAAGAGUUGCUUUUGGAAUAUCACAGAAAAUUGGUGCAAGAGGCUCCCAAGAUGAAAGGGGGAGCUAACAGGAACUGGACUGGACACCAGGACCAUGGUUUGAUUAUUGAUGGUGCCACAUUGUCUCUUAUAUUAAACUCCAACUGCAGUUCCAGCCAUUAUAAAAAUAUCUUCCUUCAGAUCUGCCAGAAAUGCUCUGCAGUCUUAUGCUGCCGGAUGGCUCCACUGCAGAAAGCACAGAUUGUUAAAAUGGUGAAGAACACAAAAGGGAGUCCGAUUACCUUAUCUGUGGGGGAUGGUGCAAAUGAUGUGAGCAUGAUUUUGGAAGCACACGUUGGCAUAGGCAUAAAAGGAAAAGAAGGACGCCAAGCAUCACGCAGUAGUGACUAUGCUGUGCCAAAAUUUAAGCAUUUAAGAAAACUUCUUUUAGUUCAUGGGCAUUUGUAUUAUGUAAGGAUAGCGCACCUUGUACAGUAUUUCUUUUAUAAGAACCUGUGCUUCAUUUUGCCACAGUUUUUAUACCAGUUCUUUUGUGGCUUUUCACAACAGCCACUUUAUGAUGCUGCAUACCUGACUAUGUACAACAUUUGUUUCACCUCUAUGCCAAUCUUGGCAUACAGCUUAUUGGAGCAGCACAUCAAUAUAGAAAUCCUAUCCACAAAUCCUAAAUUAUAUAUGAGGAUAUCUGACAAUGCCAUGCUGCAGUGGGGUCCAUUCCUAUACUGGACAUUACUGGGGGCAUUUGAAGGACUAGUAUUUUUCUUUGGGGUUUACUUCCUCUUUCAGAAUCCAGCUCUGGAAGGCAAUGGGCAGGUGUUUGGAAACUGGUCAUUUGGAACAAUGGUCUUCACUAUAUUAGUGUUUACAGUUACAUUAAAGCUUGCGUUGGAUACUCGAUACUGGACAUGGUUGAACCAUUUGGUUAUAUGGGGCUCAUUAGCAUUUUAUGUUAUUUUCUCUCUAUUUUGGGGAGGAAUUAUUUGGCCAUUCCUCAAACAGCAGAGAAUGUACUCUGUGUUUUCUAACAUACUGACAUCUGUGUCAAUCUGGCUUGGGAUAAUUCUACUGAUUUUUGUCAGUCUUUACCCAGAGAUUAUUUUGAUAUUAAUCAAAAAUCUUAAAACUGCGGGCCAAAAGAGGAUCUCAUAUCGGCCUCCAGAGCUAAUUUCAUACAAGAGUAUGGAGAAUGGAUUCAUUUCGAGAAUGAAAACUGAGGAGUACAAAUUAAACACCUUAUUAUAAACUUUAGAUCAUUAUUAUAAAUGAUCCGCCAAUUUACACUGUGCAAAGUCAACCACUAUAUAAAACGUACACAGUGACGGAUACUGUGCUAUUGGAAAAUACUGUGGAAAUCAAAGAGUGCCAAACCUAGCUGGUUAAUUGUUCUGCUUAGAACAUAACCAGUCUGGAUUGCAAUUUGCAUGGGAAUGGGGCAUACCGACUGCAAGUCAGGAUCAGAUUGUAUCCUACACAAUUCCUUUGCUUAAUGGCCUUGCUGCAAGAACUGUUGGAAUGAAUGGAGUCAAAGUGCAGCUUUUUCAGAAAUAAAUAUCCUGCCAAAACAUUGGUGCAUGAAGCAACUUCUCCAGUGCAGUUAUGGUGACAUUGCACAUGAGCCUACAGCGUGCCCAGCUAAUAAUGCACAAUGCGCAUUACACCCCUAAAAGGUCAGCAGGUUUGCCCACCGUACUAGCUCCAAGCUUACAAAAAUCUAUUUACUAAAAUUAAAUAUUACUUUGCCAAGUUUUUAAAAUUAAUUUCAGAUGUAAAUUUAUUUUAAUUAUAUUAUUUCCUUAAUGUAUAUUACUGAAAAAUAUUUCUUAAACAUUUUCAAGUAUUUUUUUUUUUUCAUUUGGGAAUUAGAAGAAUAUGUGUCUCUCUUCAGAAGGGAUCUAUUUUUCAUUCAUUUCAUGCACCAGGACACCACAUUUCUGCAUUGUUCUCCUAAAGCAUAAUUGGAUAUUUCUGGCUUUGUUUACAUGCUUAACAAGUAGUGGGUUAAUCCAUCUGCUUCCGCAUCCAUAACAAAUCCAACACAUUUUGAUGAGGGUCACAAGUUUAUCUGAGUUCCAGUUUUAAGAGAUCACAACCGAUUAACAUUCUAUCUAUAUAUACUUGGCACCCAUGGUUUCCAGAUAAGGCGUCUUUCCAUAAUACAGAACACCAUGAAUUAAAGAUGCUAAAACACAUUUUGUUUUUCCACCAGUAUGGAUUUCUGCUAGAUUAGUUACCAUGAAGUAUAAGGUUUAUUAUUUCAAAGAAAGAGAAAAUCAGCAAA